GACCCUCCUUUUUGUUACAGAUUUUUAGGUCAUUCCAAACAAUUAGGUCAAUUAGUUCAUUUAAAAUGUCCUCGAGGGAAAAAUUGUCAUUUGACAGUCUGGAACAAGUUUGUGAUUUAGUGGACGAUUUCCUUUGUUGCGAAACCAGCGAAAAGAAUGGAUUGUUUUGGAAUACACUGUAUACGGAAUCAACAUUACAACAGAUGUACAUUCAGUGUCUCAUAUACAAAUACAUCUCAAUCACUUACGGAUUAGGACAAAAACCGCUACGAGAAGCCCUUAGGAUAAUAAAGAACUUGACAUCAAACCCAGCGGCGGUAAAAUCACAUUCUCUUGAUGCCCCGUCACCCCCACAACUCACACACCCAGCUGUAAGCGCCCCUACAAGUCCCUCUUCAACGGUUAUUGCUCAAAAACGAAACAGGUCCGCCACAGGACCGAGUAGAAGAAUAAGUUUGGAUUUAAAGUCCCAGCAACACCGUAGUUCUCUUGGCCCUGAACCCCUUGGGAAUAAACUAAGGAGAAAAACUAGCGCUGGUUUUAUGGAAACCCAACAAAAGGCACUACAAGAAGAAGAAGAGCGCGUGUCAGCAACAAAACUGCGCUCUCUGCUCUACACUCUCUACUACGUAGUUAACACAUGUGACGCUCGAAAAUGGGACUUUACGGCCCUGAGAGAUUCGUUCCUUUUAUGGAACAAAGCAAGAAGUUGGGGUAAAGAUGCUUCAGAGUUUGAAUCAACUGUGAUGAAAAUGUUUUCACGUCCCCCUGAUGAUGAUAAAGAGAGAAACACGUGGCACAGAUUAACUUCGAACGUAAUCGGCAACUUCAAUUUAAAUGCCAACCACUCCCAUCUUGAUGACAAGCAAGUUGGCGAAAGCCUUAAGUAUUGGCUCUUAAGAAACAAAAUCAACCAAUCAACAUCACCUGUUGGAUCAGUAAUUAACGGACUUAUUGAAACUGCUGAAAAAGUUUAUGAAGAUAAUGAAGAGAGUAAAGUUCUACCAUUGCUGCAUAUUCUAUGUGAAACUAUCAUAAUGGCACAGUAUGUACCGCUUGAUGUGCUUCAGCGAGCAUAUGCUGCCUUACAAAUGUUCUAUCUAUGGUCAACACCUAUUGCUGCUGCUGUCAAAGAGGUUUUGGAUCUAAUUCAAAUUGAAAUGAAGUCUCCAGGAUAUUUCUGGAGAUUGCUCUUCUUUCAAGAACAAGAAAUUCAAAAUUUAUCUUCACCCAUAGACAUCUCAUUAACAUGUAGUUCAACAAAUAUAUUCGUUGACACCUCGAUUACUUAUGGAAAACAGUUACAAGUUCUGUUUGAAAAGUACAGCACAACCACCAUGCAACAUAAAGAGGAUGGUAUACCCGACACUUCGUAUCACAACCGUGUUCUAAUGAAGCAAAUGUUUAACUCAGUGUUUGGGUGGGAAAGCUGUGACAUUGCUGGACUAGAAAGACUUCUCAAGAUAUGUCCAUCACCUCUGCUUGCCACUCUGACAUCAGAAGCAUUGCAAGUUAUGGAACAAUCUGUUGAGAUGGCGAACCACAAUGAAGCCCAAGCUUAUAUAAGGCUACAACUUGAAUGUAUAUCUAAUAAAUUAACAGAAGACACAGAUGAAAGUGGUGGUUUGGAUACAGCAAUGCCAGAUAUGCCAAGAGCCAGUGUAAUAUUCCCUACAUUAAAGCCAAAUGAAAACAACCCAAUGCUCCCAACUUUGAAGAGAAACAAUUCUUAUCUUAACAGAAUCGCAGCGUCUCAUUAUGACAGGCCCUGUCUGAUGCAGGAAGACAAUGCUGAUGGUGACAUUAUGAAUCACGCACCAGUCACAAUUAAUAUCUUCAACAAAAGUCAAAUAUCAGACACAAUGUUUCAAAUUGUACGAACCGCUGCAAAGGAAUUUGUUCAGGAAAAAAGAAAAAGCACAAGUGCAUCAUCCUUUAGAUCACGUUACCGUUCACGUGGUCGCUCACAUCUUGUUGAAGACGAUGCAAGAGACAGUGGGUUAAUUGAAGAUGCAGGGGAUACCCAAGAGGAAGAUAAACAUACUUCUCCUAUUCAAACUAAACAUGAUCAAGCAGAAAAGAUUGAUAAAAAGAUGUGCGGGAAAUUUUGGGAAGAAUUUAGUGAGUGCGGGUUUAAAGAAAACAAGAACACAGAAUCAAACUUACUGGAAGAGUUGCUUAACACAAUGACAUUAGAAGAAGAUGUAACACAGAAUGUUGCAGAGAAAACCGAAAAAUCAUCUUCUGGAAGUGGAUCUCUUGAAGUAAGUCCGGAGAAAGUGAAGACUGAAGAUCCUCCUUCUCCUUUCGAUACCUUGAAUACAAAUGAAGAUGAUCUGACUUCUAAUCUUGAUGAUGUUCAGUUUGAGUUGGAAAUAAAAGCCAAUAGAUCAAAAACAUAUAAAAAUAGGUUUAAGACUCUGGGAAGAAAAGGUUUAAAAGCUGUAAGAGCAGUGAAGAGGACAGCAUCCUCAAGAGUCGCUCAUUAUGAUCCAUAUUCUGAUCAUCGUAAGAAGAAGCUUAGCCAAGAAGAGACUGUAGUGAAUGUAGCAAAAGAUGGAAAACCAAGAAAAUCAAGUUGUGAGGAACCAGUUGUUAUGACUCCUCCUCCCUUACCAUCUGAGUCCGGAAGUCACAGAUGGAGAACUUAUUCUGAUCCUUUUAAGAAAUCUGGAAAGAGAAGCAAAAGUGGAAAGUACACACACAUCAGUCAGCUCUUCUCAAGUCAAACUGAUGUAAAUGAACAGAACAAUACCCUGCAAUCUACAUCAUCAAGUGGAAGUUUAAAACCAUCAUUAUCCUUUACCAAAUCAUUUGAUCAUUCGAAAGAUCAGAAUCAAAACUCUGAUAAUGUUAACACAUCUUCUCGUAACCCAGGAAGGUACUACACACUGCAAUCGAGGAAACACUCAACAGAGACAAAAUUAGAAGACGAAGACUCAAGAAUCAGAAUGGAUUCAGGGAUUGUUCUUGAUAAAGAUGGGGAUCGUGUCUUUCAGAACUUAAGUCUUCCAGAUUGGGAAGAAACAGGAAUUGCAGGAGUGAAGUCCUUUAGGAAACAAGCAGUAAGGCGGACAAGAAAGAGUAGAUCAUCUUUGAGUCACAUUUCACCUCGCCCUCUGAGGAAAAAAGUGGUUAAACUUGUGUUUGCUGGAAAUGAUGAAACUGUGGGCCAUCUUGCAAGAUCUUAUUAUGAACUAAGAACUCGUCAAGCAACUAGAGCUCCACUUUUACAACAUGUUGAUUUGAAGUUGUUUUACAUUCCUGUGGGGGAGUCUUCCUUUGCCGAUGAAGCAGUUUUAAACUUAGAUGGAGACACUAUAUUUGAUCUUAAAGUAGCAAAGAUGUUGGGAGCAUCUGAUCCUUGGUAUCAGUCAACUGUUCUUCAAACUACGAGUAAUUUACUUCGGGUUUGUCCAACUACUCCACUGGAUGAGAAUUUAGAAGAAGACGAAAAUGCAACCAAAUUUUUAACACCACAAAAGCUUGUGCAGAAAAGCUUACUCAGUUAUUGUCGAUAUGCGCUGAAGACAUCUUACCUUCCACUGUAUAAGGCAAAAAUGAGAACAAGUGCUGAUGAGAUUAUAACUGAAAUAUUUUGCUGUGUUGCUGAGAUUGGCAACUUGGCAUAUAAACAAGCAGUCAAAGCAGGGAGAUUUGGCAAACUUGGAAGGUUGGUUGAUUUAUCUAAUGAUGGACCUCCACCUGCUUACAGUGUGCUUGAAUAUUCAAAGAUUGGUAUUAAUGGUUCUUACUUGGGGCUUAAAACUUUAAAUGAAGCAUUUUAUUACUCAGUUCAAGUUACUCCUGAAGAACUAGUUACCAACAAUACCAAAGGUUCCGGAAAUCUGCAUGUGACUUUAAUUGAAAAUGGAAGGAAAGUGAAAGGAAAACAAUCAAAGACUCCUGUUGAAGAAGAGGCAAAUGAUAUUCCUGCAUCAGUGAUCCGAGCCAGUGAUCUAAACAUGGAAGUGAUCCAACCACCACAAGGCACUGUCACCAUAUGCCUAGAUAAUUCCCUUAUAUUUACUAACAUUAAAAGCAUUGAAAUUCAGAGAUGCAUUGCACCCGAAUAUGAAAAAUCGUUUCAAAGAAAAAAAAGGCAAAACCAAAAUACAUCCAGAAUGAUGUCUCUGCCAAUUAAAACUUUCUGGCCUACUUUAUGAGAUAGCAAAAUCACUUCAGAAAGUAAUAUCUGACCUCAUUUUUUAUGUGAUUAUAUGGUUUCAUUUGCAAUAUAUAGUUUUUUGAGAUUAAAUUGGAGCUGAUUGGUUUUAUUUUAUUGAGUUUCAAAGCAUGUGCCAAGAAAAAGUAGUGAUAAUAUUUAUUGCACGUCACUAUAAAUUACUUUUUGUAAAUUUUAUUCAAAGUUUCAUAGACUAGAGUUUAUGCAUUGUAAUUACGAAUAUUCGUUCAAGCAAUAAACCUAUAAAACAUGUGCUCUGGACAUCUGAAUAAAUAAAUGACAUUUCUGGUUGA